UAAUCACUCUGAGCUUCUGCAGAAGACAGCCACCAUGAAGUUCGUGAUCUUGGCGUUGUUUGUUGCUGGCGCCUACGGGUGCGGCCUUCCCACCUUCCCCCCCAUCCUCAACAGAGUGGUUGGUGGAGAUCAAGCCCGUUGGCACAGUUGGCCCUGGCAGGCGUCUCUGCAGUACCAGAGUGGCAGCUACUUCUACCACUCAUGUGGUGGAACUCUGAUCUCUGAUCAGUGGGUCCUGACUGCUGCUCACUGCAUCGGCAGUCGCACCUACAGGGUCUACCUGGGAAAACACAACAUAAAGUUGAAUGAGGAUGGUUCCAUCGCUGUCAGCCCUGAGAAAAUCAUCAUCCACGAAGACUAUGACUCCAAAAAGAUCCGUAAUGACAUCGCCCUGAUCAAGCUGUCAACUCCCGUCAAAUUCUCCAACACAAUCAUGCCUGCCUGUCUUCCCAAUUCUGGUGAAAUCCUGCCUCAUGAUACGCCCUGCUACGUCACUGGCUGGGGACGGAUGUGGACUGGAGGUCCUCUUUCCAACACCCUGCAGCAGGCCCUCCUCCCUGUGGUCGACCACUCCACCUGCUCCAGGUCCGACUGGUGGGGCAGUGUGGUCACCAACGACAUGAUCUGUGCUGGAGGAGAUGGACUUGUGGCUAGCUGUAAUGGAGACUCUGGCGGUCCCCUGAACUGUCAGAACGCUGAUGGUUCCUGGGACGUCCACGGAGUGGUGAGCUUUGGCUCAAGUUUGGGCUGCAACUACGAGCAGUUGCCCUCCGUCUUCACCAGAGUCAGCGCCUACAUGUCCUGGAUCAACAAUCCUUAGAUCCUUGGGCGAGUCCCUCCUGAUCGUUGAAGUUGAGGCUUAAAUCCAAGGGUGACCGGGCCUUCUCUGUCAGGUUCCCUCGGCUUUUGGAAUGACCAGCCUGAGGAGAUGAAGCUCGCUGAAUCAGUAACCUCUUUUAAAUCACUUCUUAAAACCCAGUUUUAUAGACUGGCCUUCAAGUAAAGUUCUCUUUUUCCCUCCUUUUAUCACUCUCUGCCCUUUUAUCCUUUUUAAAUUUUUUACUGCUUGUAGUCCCCCUUUCUACCCUCCUGAUCUUAAUCUGUCUAUUUUUCAUUUUGUCUUCAGCUUCUCUCUUUGUCGUCCUUUUAACCAGCUUUUAAUUAGCUAUCCAUUCUGUACAUUUUGUCUUUUUUUAUGUUCUAUCUGUCAAAGCACUUUGUGAAUGUUCUUGAAGGUGCUAUACAAAUACAAUUAUUAUUGUUAUUAAUAAAUUUGGGGGAAUUUGUUACUACACUGGAA